ACAGCAGUUACCACCACUGGUACACGAGGUUAUUUUACGCGUCAGCAGUAUUUUAUGCUGCGUGUAAACUUGGUGGGAAAAUCAGUUUGCUUUUCCUAGUUUUGAAAACUUUGAUGAUUUUUAUUCUUUUUGGAACGUGCGGUUUUGCGUAAAAGUUUUCUUCAGGAUUAUACUUGGAAGCAAAGUAUGUCCAAAUAAUCUUAAACAAACUGGUAGAGGAUCGGCAAAAUGAAAAGCUACCCCUACAUCCCCAGCAUGGUGCAAGCGAUUACUGUCCUCACGGUACUGAAAAUGAUGACCAAAGCCCAAACUUCUUGUGGCUCCGGAUCUAUGAAUGGUAAAAUCCUUUAUGAAAGAUUACCCAACGUUCAGCUACAAGGGUUUGAUGAUGACGUAGUGAGGGACACCUCUCCGCCCUUCACCGUACUGGAGAAAUGCCAGGAUAUGUGCUUAAGAGAUCGCUCUUCAAACAAUAUUGUCAGGCAAUGCGCUUCCUUUGACUUCCAACCAGGAAGUCGUAUAGCAACGUUCAACGGUGAUCCUCAAUAUGAAGAAAGUACGUGUUACCUUACAGGGGAGCAAGGACGUCCUGAAGGACUUGGGAAUCUGAUGCUUGCACCGAAUAGUAUACAUUUUACAGAAGUUUGCAUUACUUCCAACAGACCAGACAGAGAAUGUCCGAACAGAAGGUACAUCUUCGAACGUCAUCCAAGAAAAAAAUUAAAACUACCAGCGGCUGAUUUGAAAGAAACCAACGCGAACAAUAGGAGCGAGUGCGAGGAUAAAUGUCUCAAUGAGUUCAGCUUCGUUUGUAGAUCUGCCACUUUUGAUUCUGGCAUGAGAACUUGUACUCUCAGUAGGUUCACUAGGAGAACUCACCCCGAGCUGUUAGAAGAUGAUCCUGAGAGUGAUUAUUUGGAGAACACUUGCUUGAAUGCUGAAAGGAGGUGUGAUGGGUUAGCGGUUUUUAUUAAAGAAGAAAACAAACGGUUAGGAGGACCUUUUGAGGUCGACAUGUUUACCAACUUAACUUUAGAAGAUUGUCAAGCCAUGUGUGUUAGAGCAGAGAAGUAUUUGUGCAGGUCAAUUGAGUAUGACGAAAUGACUAAACAAUGCACAAUCUCAGAGGAAGAUUCCAUUUCCCAAAAGGAUGACAUUGGGGUGGCCAGCAGUCCCACCCACCACUUCUACGAUUUCGUUUGUCUGGAUAGCCCGCGUGGGUCGGAAUAUCCAGAUAACUCAGUCACCAGCCAUCUGUUCACUGGGAAAAAGGCUGACACAGCCUUUCAGAGGUACCGCAACAGUAGACUAGGAGGAGAACAUCAUUCAGAGAUCUCCGGGAGAUCGUUGAGCGAAUGCCUGGAUGAAUGCCUACGUCAGCCAAGCUUCCAAUGUAGGUCAGCUGAAUACAGCGAGCGCUACAGAACUUGCAGGUUAACCAGAUACAAUCAGAGGGACGGCAUGAGAAUCAUUUAUGAUGCGGAUUAUGAUUACUAUGAAAAUUUAAUGCUUAGUGGUGAUGAUGGUGGGUCAGGGUCUCGUCCAGGAGACGGAUAUAGGCCAGGAUCAGGAGGAGCAGGAGGUGGUGGUGGUGGUGGUGGAGGAGGAGGUGGAAGAUACCCAGCAACUGGUGGACGCUACCCAAUAACUACAGGAAGCAGAUAUCCUCCUCCAACAGGCGGAGGACCGGCUGGAGGUUAUGAUGAUCGACCUGCUGGAAGACCUCCUGUGUAUCCUGACAGAUAUCCUGAUGAUGAUAGGUAUCCAGAUGAUCGGUAUCCUCCAGAGCGUUUUCCGUCUGCCAGACCCACAGAUAGAUAUCCAAUAGGUCCUUCUAGGUUCCCACCGUCUUCGAGUGGUGGACGAUAUCCUAUAGAUGAUUUUGACAGGUAUCCAGCAUUCCCCCCAUCAUCUAGCGGUGGCCACUUAUAUCCAAGACCAAGACCCAAUGGUUACAAUGGUGCACCUGACAGAUACGGAGGUAGAUAUGGAGAAAGGUAUGGGAGUAGAUAUGGUGACAGAUACGACUACCGUCACGACAGUUUCUAUGGUGAUAAGUUCGGUGAGAGGGACAGAGAUAGGUUCAAUGCCAUAGACCGGUAUCCACCUGGGGUCAUUGACAGAUAUAACGGAGCAGACAGAGAUAAAUAUAAUGAAAACAGAGACAGAUUCAAUAUUGAUAGGGACAGAUAUCCAGUUGAUAAGGACAGGUAUCCUCCUGAUAGAGACCGAUAUGCUGGUGGGUAUGAUAGUGAGGAUCGGUUUAGUUCCAGAUAUGGAGGAACAAGUAGUAACAGAUAUGGUAACAGAUACAAUGACAGAUUUGGCGGAAGCAGAUAUGGAGUGACUGGCAACCGUUACGACCCAAAUAGGUACGAUUAUUAUGGUGACGACAGAGAUGGCGGAAGCAGAUGGUUCCUUAGACCAGAUAGGCGACCUCUAGGACGCCCCGUAGAUGGAAGACCUCCAUUAGAUCGUCCGGGGUUUGAAGAUCGGCCAUACGGCAACAGAAGACCAAUAUCUCCAGGACCUGACGGGCCUAUUUAUGAUAAUUUCUUAGGUGGUGGUGCAGGAGGAGGAGGACCUAUUGGUCCUCAAAGGCCUUACUCUAGCAGAUGUGAGGAGUCGGAUUCGUUCAAGCAAAUGGGCACCAGGCAAAGGGCCCGUAAGGAGUUUGUGAGAAGAAGACUAUUUGCGCCAUCUUUGAAUAGGUGCCAACAAGAGUGUGUGGAAGAGAGAGAGUUCAUUUGUAGAGCUUUUAAUUAUAAGGACAGUGCGCCAGCGGUUUCUUAUGAUACUGACAGGGAUAACUGUGAGCUGAUAGAUAGAGACAGUAGAGAUUUGGAGAUGGGGAACAACCAAUACUUUGAUACAAAUGGAAACUAUGACUUUUACGAACGGUCUCUCUCAAGAAACGGUGGCGACGACGAUUGUCUUGAUGUAAGCCAAGUCUGUAACGAGGAUGGCAUGGAGUUCACCCUGCGUACCCCCGAAGGAUUCUACGGCAGGAUCUACACUUAUGGGUUCUAUGAUCGAUGCUUCUUUAGAGGCAAUGGUGGAUCUGUUAACAUUUUAAGAAUCAGUGGUGCUCAAGGUUUUCCAGAGUGCGGAACUCAGCGCUACGGAGACACUAUGACUAACAUAGUGGUGGUCCAGUUUAGUGAUUUCGUUCAAACUGGUAAAGAUAAAAGGUUUAAUCUGACCUGUAUGUUUAGAGGACCAGGAGAAGCGGUGGUGUCCUCAGGAUUUAUAGGAGCAGGUGCUGGUAGUCCGAUCCCGAUUGAAUACCUCCCGGCGGAGAACACCUUAAGUUCCAAAGUAAGAUUGAUGAUCCUGUAUCAAGGAAGACCAACUACCACUAUAGCAGUGGGUGACCCUCUCACAUUCAGAAUUGAGGCCCAAGAUGGAUAUAACUAUGCUACAGAUAUUUUUGCUACGAAUGUUGUUGCUCGUGAUCCAUACUCGGGAAGAUCAGUGCAGCUGAUUGACAGAUUUGGUUGUCCAGUGGACAGCUUCGUUUUUCCAGAACUGGACAAGGGACGUAGUGGUGACAGCUUGGAGGCAAGAUUCAAUGCCUUCAAGAUACCAGAGUCAAACUUCUUGGUAUUUGAAGCUACCGUGAGAACUUGUAGGGAUGGCUGCCAGCCAGCUUACUGCCAAACUGGAACUGGACGGUCUGAGCCGUCAUUCGGAAGGCGACGCCGAAGGUCAAUAAACGAAACUGAAGCUCAAAAUAAAACCUCCAAGGAAGCCUUGGAGCACCAAAAAACUGCAACAGAACCAAUAAAACCAAGAGAAGUCAAAGCAGCAUCAAAGGAUUCAACAGUUUCAUUCUUGGUACCUAAAACUGCGUCCACCAAAACAGGCGAAGAUAAUAAAAAGGACGAAAAGGAAAAGAAGGAAGAUGAGGAGCCUGAAAUUGUCCAAGAGAUGAUCGAGGUCUUUGAUUCGAGAGAUGAAAUGCCCCAAGCAAGAAUAGCAGAACCAGCCCCGGAAAUCAUUUGCCUCUCGCCUAACGAAUAUCACGGUCUCAUAGGGGCUGUGUUCGUGCUAGUAGCCAUUCUGCUGAUUUCUUCGUUGCUAGCAGGGCUCGCCUAUCGGAAAUACUGGCUGGUUAUGAGGAAGAAUAUGUUAGCAGAUAGAAUGUCAUCUUCAAACUUUUCCUCGACGCCUUCUUAUCCUACUAGUAGAAGCAGCGCCGGACUAUCCCAAGGAAUAUCCAUUUUCGGCACCACAAUCCCGAAACCAUUUUCGAACUUCAGCGUGGCGAGUGCCUCGAAUUUCCCGAUCAUCCCCAAGACGGACCCCUUCGACACCCCAGGAUCGGCUCCGGGAGGACCAUUCGAAGACCCCAGCGAGCCAAUUUACACUGAUCCCUCCCUGUUCGAACGAUCUCGCAGCUUGAGGAGUAUCGCGGUAUCCCCGAAACGUCGGAUAUCUUCGGUCGAACGCAAAUAGUUUCUGCACAGGGACGGACUAAGGGGCAUUUUUAAAUAUCAUAUGUUUUUAUGAAAAAUUACUAAGUUAAGUAAGUGUAAAUAGUACGAUACGAGUUAGCAUUAUGUCGUUUGUUUCAUGUGCAAUUUUCUCUUCACUGCCUGUAAAACUACUGCCAACAGUAAAUCCGCUCUUGCAACCAAUGUGAUGUUUAUUACAGUUAUUAUUUAAAAAAAUAUAUCGUUUAUUAUAAAAUAUUUAUAAGCAAUAAUAGUUACUAUUUGCAUACAUAUACAGUGGGGUUAAGAUGUGAUCAUGAUGGCCAAGAUGCCCAGAUAACCAAAAUUGCACUGUAUGUUAGAUUUAAGUUUUUUUUAUAAUUAUUGGUAAUGAAAUUAAUAACAUGCCUAAAUUAAUUAAUUACGAAAUUGUAUUUAUUUUAUUUCAAGUAUUUUUAACUAUAUCUGUUUCUGCAGUAACAAGCACUUUUAGGCUAAUAAUUGCACUAUGCAAAUGUUAUUUUAUAGGUAUGUAAAUAUUUUUCAAUAAAUUUGCUAAAAAAAUUA